CCUCAGACGCGGCUGCAGUUUUCAAACCUCAACUGUAAGCUUCGGUUCUCUUCUCGGUAGUGGUAGCCGGGAGUCACUUUACUACGGCCUGGCUCACAGCUGUCUGCCCUUGUCUGGAUAAGUAAAAGUGGGUCCUGCCACGCUUGGAACUUCCAGAAGCCUCACCCGGCUAGAGCUAGAGAACGAGUUCUGUCGCGGCCACCGGCGUGAGGCGGGACAGCAUCCCCCCCCCCCCAAGAGGGGGGCAGCCCCGAGAGAAACUGCAGCGGCCGGAGCGGUAAAAAUAAGUGAUUAAAGAAGCAUAUUUGGAAGUCAUCUAACAUGUCGAGAAGAAGAUUUGAUUGCCGAAGUAUUUCAGGAUUGCUAACUACAACUCCUCAAACUCCAAUGAAAAUGGAAAACUUCAACAAUUUCUAUACACUUACAUCGAAAGAGCUAGGAAGAGGAAAAUUUGCUGUGGUUAGACAAUGUAUAUCAAAAUCUACUGGCCAAGAAUAUGCUGCAAAAUUUCUCAAAAAGAGAAGAAGAGGACAGGAUUGUCGAGCAGAGAUUUUACACGAGAUUGCUGUGCUUGAAUUGGCCAAGUCUUGUCCCCGAGUUAUUGAUCUUCAUGAGGUCUAUGAAAAUGCAAGUGAAAUCAUUUUGAUUUUGGAAUAUGCUGCAGGUGGAGAAAUUUUCAACCUGUGUUUACCUGAGUUGGCUGAAAUGGUUUCUGAAAAUGAUGUUAUCAGACUUAUUAAACAGAUACUUGAAGGAGUUUAUUAUCUACAUCAGAAUAACAUUGUCCACCUUGAUUUAAAGCCACAGAAUAUAUUAUUGAGCAGUAUAUAUCCUCUUGGAGACAUAAAAAUUGUAGAUUUUGGAAUGUCUCGAAAAAUAGGGAAUGCAUGUGAACUUCGGGAAAUCAUGGGAACACCAGAGUACUUAGCUCCAGAAAUCCUGAACUAUGAUCCCAUUACUACAGCAACAGAUAUGUGGAAUAUUGGUAUAAUAGCAUAUAUGUUGUUAACUCAUACAUCACCAUUUGUGGGAGAAGAUAAUCAAGAAACAUACCUCAAUAUUUCUCAAGUUAAUGUAGAUUAUUCAGAAGAAACUUUUGCAUCAGUUUCACAGCUGGCCACAGAUUUUAUCCAGAGUCUUUUAGUAAAAAAUCCAGAGAAAAGACCAACAGCAGAGAUCUGCCUUUCUCAUUCUUGGCUACAUCAGUGGGACUUUGGGAGCUUGUUUCACCCUGAAGAAACUUCCACUUCCUCUCAGAUUUACGAUCAUACAGUCAGGUCCUCUGAAGACAAAACUUGCAAAUCCUCCUGUAAUGGAACCUGCAGUGAUCGAGAAGACAAAGAGAACAUCCCAGAGGAUGGCAGCUUGGUUUCCAAAAGGUGCCGCUUCGAUGACUCCUUGCCCAGUCCCCAGGAACUCGUUUCAGAUUUGCUCUGUUAGCACUUUUUUCCUUGACUCAUUUGGACUGAAUUUGACAUUUUAUAUCCACUCCAGUGUGAGAUUAUGGUUUGUAGCUUCAUAUAUGACAUGUUUAUAUUGUAAAUGCACUUUUGCAUAGACAAAUUUAGGGAAGUGUUUUAAUGCCAAAUACUUAGUUGCUAGUUUAAUUUCCUAUCCUGAGAUAGCUCUGCAGAGAAGAAAAUAUUUAAAUAUGUGACAAAACAUAAAAUUCUACAUGUGAGUUCACAUGUUAAUGAAAGAAUUCAAGUUCAAGUGAACUUAUUGAAAUGUUUUUUAUAUCA